UCCACUGAAUGGCAGAAUAGUCGCUAAAGACAAGUUAAGCGGUUUAGUUGAAAUAAUUUCAUAAUAAUGAGUCAUUACUUUGUGACAGAAUAAGUUCAGUGAUAUUUUUAUACUUUGUGAUUUAAAAUGCCUUUUGGAAAUUCAGGACAACGUACCAAUGACUUUCAAAGGAGUCAAUCACUAAUGGCCAGAACUUCAAACACAUCGUAUUUAAAGUCAUCUGGUCAUUCUGUGAGUAAUUAUUCGGAAACUAAAUCUAGGUCCACAUCAUCAAGUUCAUCUUACCACGCUUUUUCAUCAUCAAUUAAAACUGGAGAGUCUGUAUUUGGGAAAAGCUCAACCAAUAGAAGUAGCAUUAAUAAACCAGAGUAUCCGUCCCUCCUUAAGGAACAUUUUCAUGAUAGUGUGGCCUUUACGAAUGCUGAAAAAGGAAGUUUUCUGGAAAGAAGGCAGCCUUUUAGAACAACUCUUAAUUCACCAACAGGAUCAUAUUUAACUAAUACGACUGUGAGAAGAAACGCACCUCCCUUAACAGGAGUAACCUUUUCUGGACUUUCUCCACUAAGUUUACCAAAAUAUGAACCACCGCCUAUUCCUAUGGGAUCGGAUGCUGUAAAAGCUCAAUCGAUUCCUGUAUCACCACCGAAAAAGAGUGGAACACCUAUACCUCUACCAGUUCCUCCCUCAAAAAAUACAAUAAAUCAAACAAAAAAGGUAAAAACACCGACUUCGCCUACAAAGCCCCAAAACGUUUAUGACAUAAAUGGUAAAAAAGGAUACGCAAUAAUUUUUAAUAAUGAAAAAUUCGAUGGAGAUAGUAAGGAAUUCCGGGUUGGUAGUCGUAAUGACGAAAAAGAACUCCAGAAAACUCUCACUCGUUUCAAUAUUGAGACAAAAGUGGAAAGGGAUCCCUCUUUAUCAACAAUUGAGAAGAAAGUCAAGGAAAUCAGUAAAAUGGACUUUAAAAAAAAGAGUUGCCUGUUUGUCUGUAUUUUGAGUCAUGGUAAUCAAGGACAGACCAUUUUUGCUAAAGAUAAAUCAUACAAUCUUGAUAAAGAUGUUAUUGAGCCCAUCAUCAAGAACGCCACCCUAGUUGGAAAACCUAAGAUCUUCAUAAUUCAAGCAUGCAAAGGUGCUAUUCAGUCUUUUGGCAUAGCAAUGACUGAUGCAACACCAGUCAGUACAUCUUCUUUAACCAAACCAUCCGAGGCUGACAUUCUCAUCCUCUACUCAAGCUAUGAAGGCAGAGUUAGUUACAGGCUUGAAAUGGGUUCCAUUUUUAUUCAAAAGCUUUGUACCUUCAUUAACAGCGAUCACAGGAUCAGAAGCUUGGAGGACAUCAUGAAAGAGACACGCCGUGAUAUUAUUGACAACUCACCUAAAAACCUAAAACAAACUCCAACUAUGGUUUCAACACUGACAAAGGACUUCUUCUUCACCGUACCACAUAAUGAAAAAUUUCUCUGUUGUUUAUGGUAAUCGAAUACAAUUAAAAAUUAUAAAUAAAGUAAUUUAAAAAAA